AAAGGGGGGCCUGGCCCGACUUUCCUUUCUAGCAUCUUGAUUUCAUACUUUCAACCUCAAACAACUCUCCUUAACAGUCUGCAGUCUAUAGUCUAACGAGUAUAGUUGUCCGUGAAAAACCUGAAUUAUAAGUUUUAUAUAAACACGUCCUGACUCCUGGACAAAACACAGAGAAACAGUAUCAUGUAAAUUUCAGCUGAAGUUCAUUAAUAUAUAAACUGUAACGUUAACCACAGUGACCCUCAGUCUAAAAAUAACAUAUAAUGAUUCAAGUUUAAAACGUAGAAAAGGAAAUCUCACGAAAUUCCGCUGAUUGAUUUCUCCUCUUCCCAACUCUAAACUCUUAAAUAUAUUUGUAUUGUCAGCUGUAGAGAAGAAUGAUGCAAGUAUGUCGGAGUCUGCAGGUUAACCAACCUGCAGGGUUCAAGUUCUCCAGGUUCUAUCAGACCAAGACUAGUUCUGUGUACGGAUAUAAUCCUAAGAAAUGGGAGAAUCUUGCUCCGGAAACGUCCGAAGAACUUCGGAACAUCCGAAACCAGCAACCCAACCUAUACAGGCUGAUAUCAGCUUUUCGUCAGAACGGGUACAAGUACGCUACUCUUAACCCUGUUCCCCUAGGAGGGGUUCUGCCUGUACAUGGUGAAGAACUUCAUCCGUCCUACUACAGUAUGGAUCCUGCAGACAGAGUAAACCCAGCUGGUUUAAUAUCUCAACCUGGAGAUAGUACAACGGUAUCAGAGCUGGCCAAUGUACUAUCCACCCUGUACUGCGGUUCUACAGGUAUUGAGUGUGAGUACAUAGAAAAUUCAGCGGAGAAAGAAUGGUUGUACAAUAUGUACGAGGAGAUCAAACAAACUGAGUUGAGUGGAGGAGAGAAAAAGAAAAUUGCAGCAGAGAUGCUUAAAUCCCAAAACUAUGAUAACUUCUUGGCAACCAAGUUUCCCAAUGUCAAGAGGUAUGGCGGAGAGGGGGCGGAAGCUAUGAUGGGAUUCUACACUGAGCUUUUCAGAAAGGCGGAGGUGGACGGAAUCAAGGAUAUUAUAAUGGGGAAUGCGCACAGAGGAAAAUUAAACUUUCUGACUGGAUUGAUGAAUUAUCCUCCAGUAGCAAUGUUUAGGAAGAUGAGAGGGAUGUCGGAGUUUCCUCCUGAACAGCAGGGAGCUGGAGAUGUUAUCUCUCAUCUCUCUGCCAGUCUUGAUAUAGGUUCCGUACAUGUUACGAUGCUCCCCAACCCAUCCCACCUAGAGGCAGUAAACCCUGUUGCAGUUGGUAAAGCUCGGUGUAAACAUCUUGUGAAGGGCAAGGGAGAGUAUGGAGAAGGUAUGAUGGGAGAUGAUGUCCUAUGUGUUCAGGUUCAUGGAGACGCUGCACUGGCAGGUCAAGGGAUAAACCAGGAAACUCUGCAGAUGGCGAAUGUUCCUCAUUUCUCAGUCGGAGGAUCUCUUCAUUUAGUUGUUAACAAUCAAGUCGGGUUUACAACUCCGGGAGAUAGAGGUCGAUCCUCUAGACACUGUACUGACCUCGCUAAACAGAUUGGAGCUCCUGUUCUCCAUGUUAACGGUGAUUACCCUGAAGAGGUUGUCAAGGCUACCAGGGUUGCUGUAGAGUAUAGAAACAAGUUCAGGAAGGAUGUUUUUGUAAACCUGAUUUGCUUCAGAAGAUGGGGGCAUAAUGAGUUGGAUGAUCCAACCUUUACAAACCCUGCUCUCUACUCUGUUAUCCAUGCAAGACGAAGCGUCCCGGAUGAAUAUGCUGAAAAACUUAUUUCUGAGGGGGUUAUGAGUACAGCAGAACACAAAGAGAUUAUUGCUAAGCACACUGGAGUUUUGAAUGAAAACUAUGACCAAAUAGAAACCUAUUCCCCCCAGAGAACCAACCUGAAACACAACUGGUCAGGUAUUUCAGAAGCUUCUGGAAAUCUUACCCAAUGGGAUACUGGGAUCGAUUCCCUUAUUCUAAAAUUUGUCGGGAAACAAUCCGUCCAAGUCCCGGAGAGUUUCUCCGUCCAUCCCCACCUUCUCAAACAUCAUAUUGAAGGACGGCUACGCAAGGUUGAGAGCGGAACAAACAUUGACUGGGGAACUGCAGAAGCACUAGCUCUAGGUUCCCUUCUCUAUCAAGGGUUUAAUGUUAGGAUUAGUGGACAGGAUGUGGGAAGAGCAACAUUUUCACACAGACACGCCAUGCUAGUGGAUCAGAAUACUAAUGAAAUAUAUAUUCCACUUAAUGAAAUGUUUCCAGAGCAGAAAGGAAAAUUAGAAAUAGCAAAUAGUAUUCUCUCGGAGGAGGCAGUGAUGGGGUUUGAAUAUGGAAUGUCGAUGGAAAGUCCAAAUAAUUUAAUAAUCUGGGAGGCACAGUUCGGAGAUUUCUUCAAUGGAGCUCAGAUAAUGUUGGAUACCUACCUAUCUAGUGCUGAGUCAAAGUGGGGAAUACAGUCCGGUAUGGUUAUGCUCCUACCCCAUGGUAUGGACGGAGCCGGCCCUGAGCACUCCUCCUGUAGGAUGGAAAGGUUCCUGCAGAUGACCGACAGUAAGGAGACCAGCUGUGACGGGGAUAAUGUAAACUGGGAGGUUGUUCAUCCAACAACCUCGGCUCAGUAUUUCCAUCUCCUAAGACGACAGAUGGUUCGGAACUACAGAAAACCUCUGGUUGUUAUUGCUCCCAAGGUAUUACUCCGUCUCCCUGCAGCUAGCACUACUCUGGACGAUAUAGCUCCAGGCACAAGCUUCCAGUCCGUUCUUACGGAUCCAAAUGUUUCCAAUCCAGGUUCAGUUGAGAAGGUUGUGUUUGUCUCCGGACGUCACUUUUACACAUUAUCCAAGUACAUCCAGGAGAACAAUGUGAAGAACAUCGCCGUCAUCAGGUUGGAGUCUCUUUGUCCUUUCCCUGCAGAGAGGUUGCAGGAGGAGGUUAAGAAGUUCCCGAAGGCCUCCAAGUUUAUCUGGUCUCAAGAGGAGCACAGGAACAUGGGAUGUUGGAGCUUUGUAAAACCUAGGUUUGAAUCUUUGGUCGGGGUUCAGCUCCAGUAUGUUGGAAGAGCAGAGCUCUGUCAACCUGCUGUAGGAAUAGGACGGAUACAUCAGCAGGAAAAUGCAAGCAUCCUUGAGCAAACCUUUAGUUGAUGUAAUAAUUUAGAUUUUUAUGUUACAUCAUCUUUUUACCUAACAUUAAUUUAUCCUAUAUCCUGACUGAGUCGUAUCUCAAUCCUAUAACUUCAAAGUUAACGUAACAAUGCAACUCUUAUUCAAGUUUAAAUACCAUGAAACUUAUUAUUAUUUAAAGACAACUUAAGAUUCUUUGUUAAUUUCAAUAGAUUUACAAGAUCCACUGUUAAAAGAAAGAAAUACAAAAAAUUAAAAAUCAAUACUGAUUUUAAAAAUA